UGUGGGCUGGAGUUUCUUCUCCACCCCCGUGUCUCCUGACAAAAGGGGAAGUGAGGCUGGGUUCCGGCCGGAACCUCAGCCGCGGAACUUCGCCUAACAGGUGGGGAAGCAGCGGGCACAGGCCGGGGCCCUGGAGGCCCCUAGCUGGGACUGGUGGGGUGGGGACACGUUCCCUGAAGCCGUAGCCCUUCCAUUCAAGGCUGCUCAAAGAGGGAGAUGUCUGGCUGUGGCAGGUUCGGGGAUUCUCAGCCUAGAGGAGACUGGGGUUAGUAGCUACAGUGGAGUGGCUGGGAGUGGAGUAGAGGGAGGCUUCAGCGGAUUAGGGCUGGGUCCCCAAUGCCCGCUGCCCCGAAAUGGAAGCUGAUAAUACCUAACACUUAAGUGGCACUUAUUGUAUGCCAGGCAUUGUUCUAAGGGCUGUACUUCUAGUCACGGUUUUAAUUCUUCACAGUAACCCUAUGAGACAGGUACUACUAUUAUCCCAUUUUACAGAUGGGACAGGGGAGGGCGGGAACGUGUGGCAAUGGCAGAGUCCAGAACUCUGGCUCCAGAGUCCUAGCUCCUAGCCACCUUGAGGUCUUACGGGUCCCUCUGAUAAAAGGUAGGGAGUUGGGAUGGAGGGAGGAGGCAGAUUCCUAACUUCUAAACUGGUUUGGGGGUCUCAGGCUCCCCCACACACUGCUUCCUUCCUCCAAUCGGGCUUCCUGGAAAGUGCGGCAGCGGCUCUGUGGCCGGAAGUCCUGUGAUCACGGCCCGCCAGGCUGCAGGCCCCGCCCAUGGGUCCUCGACACCUCCUGACCGCCGCGCUGCUCCUGGCCCAGGCGAAGCCGCUGAAGGCCUCCCUGCUCUGCGGCCGCCUUGAGUACUGGAACCCAGACAACGGGUGCUGCGGCAGCUGCCUGCAGCGCUUCGGGCCGCCCUCCUGCCCGGACUACGAGUUCACGGAAAACUGCGGGCUCGAUGACUCCGGCGACCACCUGGUACCCCCCUUCAAAGAGUGCGCUCCCGGGUGGUGCAACCCCGACGGCGCGGAGCUCUGCAGGCCCUGCGGCGGCGGGGCUGCCGCCCCAGCUCCGGCGAGGAGCAGCGGGGGGACGCAGAGGCGCUGUGGAAAGAGGCCGGUCCCUACCAAGAAGCCCUGCCCCCUGUCAAAACCGGGCGUCCUUAGCUCCCAGGAACCCAGCCCACCGGCGAUUUCCAGUGUGUCGUGGACUUCUCAGCGCGGACACACCCCCGCAGGCGAUGUCUUUCCGCGGGCCUUGCAGAGCUUUGCCCCGUCCGUGGUGUUGGUCUCACUCGUGACCUUGUCAUUGAUCCUCCUGCUCGCAGUGGGAAGGUACUGCUGCUGCCGCCAGGCCACCCCCCUCCCCUAUUCAGGCUUGGUUUGCAGCGGCCUGGACACCCUCUUCCCCGUGCACACGCCCUCCCCAGGGUCCCUGAAGGCAUCAGAGGUGGGGGACGCACAGAAGGCGGUCUCUGCGCUUCCGCUCCAGGGCGCGGAGCCGCCGACCCUGGCAACGCAACCGCUGUCUCGCCUCCUGGACGAGCUGGAGGUGCUCGAGGAGCUGAUCGUGCUGCUGGACCCCGAGCCUGGGCCGGGGGCGGGGGGCAUGGCCUGCGGCACGACUCGGCACCUGGCUGCAAGAUACGGGCUGCCCGCUGCCUGGUCCACCUUUGCCUACUCGCUGCGGCCCAGUCGCUCGCCGCUGCGGGCCCUGCUCGAGGUGGUUGUAGCAAGGGAGCCCACCGCCUGUCUGGGCCAGCUUGCCGCGCACCUGGCCCAGCUAGGGCGGGCAGACGCACUGCAGGUGUUGUCCAAGCUCAGCUGAUCUGGGGCGGACCUACCGAGUGCUCAAUAA